AUGAAAAGCGCUGAGGAUGACUCGCACUCGCCAGCUCCACGCUUCAUAAAGUACGAAUACCCCCUCGUAGACCUUUGCAAUUCCACAAGGAACAUUCUGUCUGCCGAUAAACUCCCAAACGACACCUGGGGCAACGAUCAGGCUGCAACCAAGAUGGAUUCAAAUGACGCAAACAGCAUGACGCUUGACCAGGACGGCAGCUCCAAGGACAAUUCGCAAAAGGGCUGUGAAAAAGAACCACGCCAUCCAACCAAUUUCUUUUCGCUAUCAGCCGAGCUCCGCAACCGUAUCUACGAAGAAGUCCUCAUCCAGGACGACGCAAUCACAAUAGACGCAUUUCUCAAACCCCCAACUCUCCCACAAACAUGUCGACAGAUCCGCAACGAGAGCGCCGGCAUAUUCUACCUCCGCAAUACCAUCUUCACCCGCAUCAUCGACUUGGACGCCAGUCUUUACGGGGCUUUCUACCGCCUUGCCCAGAAGUACGAAGACGAUGAUUCCUGCGUUGAAGUUCUCCUAUCGAAAUCUGGUAAGCGACAUUGGGGCAAUUUGAUGGAGUGGGCGCGGGAGAUCCAUGGAGGACGUAGUCGGGGAGAGGGAUAUGAUGUGGAGCAUGACAGUGUUAGUGCUGUUGUAGCGGUGGUCACGGAGAUGGUGGCUGCGUAUGCUGGUAUGCCGUGGGAGAAGUGCGAGAAAGCUCUGUUGGCUGUUAGGUGCAUGGCUGGUCAUGUGCAUUCGGAUUGGGAGAAGGACGAGGCGGAUUGGGUCAGAUAUGAGGAGGAGAAAGAUGAUGUCGUACUUGAUGGGUUUGACUGA